CUAGGUAAUGGUGGCGAGCGUGUCGCGGUUUGGUUUGCGUGACCGCGUGAAAUGAGAGAAGAAGGUACGGUGUGUUUUGUAGGUGCUACGGUGUGAACCAAGGCGCGCAAGGUAAUGAGUGAAACCUCUAGCCACUCGUAACUUUACAAUUCGUUUGUACGUUUUGUUCCACGAAUUGCUGUCCCCUACUCCUCCUGCUCCGAAAAUGCCAGUAAACUACUCUUUGCUAGCUAGCGCAUAACAUAUCAUUUAAACUCCCAUGGUCCAUGGUAUGGUCAGCUGUACGUCUUCAAGACUCUAAAUGCUUGCAUUUCAACCGUAAAAGUAACUAACGACUGAAAGUAGAAUAGAAUGAAGUGUUAGCGCUGGGUUCACUUGGAAGCACGGAACGACUGCACUAUCUACUCAACUUCAUCCUUAAGAAGAAGGUUACAGAAUUCAAAUUCAAUUCGAGGCACGUGUUCAGUCUCACCUAUCCAACUACCUAUCCUUUCGCCAUACAAACACACGGUACGUGGCAGAAUCCUGCACCUUGGCCACACACAAGCAAAAACCUCACACCUCAGUACCACUAAAUUCGAAUACUAAAAUAGAGCAACAGGCUAAUUAGAGGCAAUAUGAAGCAUAAAAAAUAUAGAACCGAACAGGCAGUAACACACACACACUAUAGCUCUAUACUGAUCAGGAACACCAAAGGUUCCUGCCCUAGAAUAUCGAGAAAAAUAUGCGGCAAAUUAGGAAACACACACACACAAAACUCCUCACAUUAGCUGGAAACGAAAGAAGUGUUUAGGAGAAGUGUUCGUUAGAAGAAGUUAGCCACCAAGAUAGACAUUUGGAGUAGAACUGCUACUUUUCGGGACACUUUCAAUCAGAGUUCAGGUAGUACCGAUAGCCAGAUGGUCAGUUUGCCACAAAAUGCACAUCGAUUAGAGCCAUUGCUGACAAUGUUAAGUCAACGAGGCAUCGAGAACCUAAACUUUACUUUGAAAACCAGCUGUACAAGCUGGCUUUUAUCGUAUAAAAACAGUGUAAAAAUUCGACGAUCGACGAUUGAAAACAUAUUUUAAACAGCAAUGUUAAAUUUGUUCUCAAAGGUGUACACCACCGUCCCUGUGCGGAUCCGGUUCUCUAUACCCACCUUCAUUAUUUUUAGCACCCUCUCGUUGCACUUCAUUUAUCUGUUUUUCGCACGUGUGUUUUGCUGUGAGUGUGUGCGUGUGUGCGUGUAUGUAUGUAUGUACCGUAAUGCAAUCUCGCAUCAUUGUUCUAGUCCAACAUAGGAAUUCCUCCUUAUCACAACAGUGAGCACCACACUAUACUACCUACAGCACAGCACCACACGGUGCCAGAAGUCGAGCUUACGUUUACAAACAGGAUAUACUAUACCAGGCAUAAUAAUUAGGUGGUACAACUUUGGUCGUAACGUAUUUCCCUCAAGAUGUCUUAGGGAUUCGAUAUCGAUUGAUACAGCAUCAAAUAAAUUUUCAAUUUAUUUGAUCCUCAUUACCCUUGCAAUAUAGUGAAAUAUUCGACUGAUGUUUAGGUAAAUCUUGAAAAUAGGAAAAUACACAUAGGACCUGGGCUCAAGUUCAAUGAACGAUUAGAAUUUUCGUUCAAAGUAACUCAACAAGCGUCUUCAAAACUCUUUGGAAUGGGUCAGAAGUAAGGGAACAUUGAAAGGAAAUUGCGUCGCUAGUCGAGACUAGGGAAGCAAAGUGAGUUUUUUAUGCAUAAUAAGUCAUUGGUAAUAUCCCAGACAUCUAUUCUCGUCAGCUAAAGUUACGCUAGACGUAUAUUAAAUACCAUUACGACCAAAGUUGUAGACCAAAUGCUAUCCUUCUGUUAUUCAGUACUAUUGUAUUUAAGUGUUAACCCAUCCGUAACGUAACGCAGGGAUUUCCGUUGAAACAUCGAUUUAUGCGGUUGAUCCUGGGUUUGUAAAAAUCGUAUCCCACCUCAUGGUGGGAAAUCGAAUUAUCAACUUUUUUAGGAAUAGCACUGAUAAAAGGAGAGUGCAAAUGAGAUUUUUUAAAACUAGUGACAGAACACGUGAACUAUUUCUAGUCCGUUUUGGGAGAGUGCGUACGGUCGGUGGCGUUACAAGGACGCAUUUUGUGUUUUUUUGAGGAAUGAAACGUAUUGAUACUUUUAAGGAUUCGCCGUUCGAUCGAUUGUGGUAGAAAACGAGAAUGGUAGAAAAACGCAAGGGAAUGAAUAGUCAGCAAACAGUAGUAGAGCAGACGGAUGUGUACACGGUUCGAUAAGGUUUUAGGAUAUUUUCUAAUCCCACACCACACACACCACUCUCUUAAAUGCAAUAUUGCCGCCCAUUUGGAAACGGAACGGACACGUUACCAGCAUGCAACAAAGAACAAUACGCAAUAACAAAGAGGAUAACGAUAUAAAAUUCACAAUACAAUAUUUAGACAUAAUGCCUGAAAAAAAAAGAUGGCCAGAGUGCAAAGCGCGAGCUAGCGAUCGGCGAGCAAAUGCAAAAUGUAUGCACUAUAAGUAAAAAUUUAGCAAAAAUGUUUCCAUUUUUUAGGACGAAAAGCAUGGUUCCUUCACGCUAGAACAAUGAAAGAGAGUGAGGAAGGAGAGCGAACGAGCACGAAAUGCGAAAGAUGCAAUUAAUAGUUUAAAAAGCGUGCGCGAAGCUUCUCAAUCGCCUAGUGAGAAGAACAAUUGGGCGGAAACACAAUGAUGAAGGAAACUAAAACUGCGCUGGAAAAGCAUAAAGAAAACCCAACAAAAAAAAACUAUCACCACGUAGCCAUACUUUUAUCAAUAUCUUAGCUAAAAUGAAAGUAAAACAGACGGAACUGGACGGAGCGAGAGCAAUGUGCUCGAUCGGUCUUCGAGUUAGAUUCGAAGGCGAUCACUCUGACCGCUACAUGUGGGCUGCUGCUGAUGAUGGGAGUAGUGAUGGAAUGCUAGUCAAAAGUUUAUCCUUUCCCCCUAAACGAUCCCUCCUUUAUAUCCUUAGAAAACAAUGUCCCGUUGGGUUUUUUUUCUUGCUGUCUUUUUAAUGUUAGACGGAUAGACCCUUUUUCCUAUCGUUGGUGUGUAGCCCACAUCCCGGUAUCGAUCGAUUGAGAACGCUCUCUCCCACUGUAAAACUUUUUCCUGAAGGGUUUUGCAUUUAAGUUGACGAAUUUAUGAGAACACAGGAGUGCGAAAUUUUGUAGGUUUUAAAGGGGGUUACCUUUUUGCAAUGAAUCUUUUGAAAAAAAAACAAACGAAAGCUCCGACCAAAGCAGAGCACGCCA